UUUCCUCUGUUUUUAUUUUCAAUCCAUCUCUCUGUUGUUAACUUUGUGUGUUAUUGCUUAUUUGUUUGAUCUGUGAAGUAUAUUGCUCGCUUGAUAAUUUAUGUGACACUGUUUGAAUUUCAAUAGUUAAAUAAGAAAAUCUUCAACAGGGAUUUAUUCAUAUGCAUUUUAAAUAUUUUGAGAGUCAAACUUCUUUAUUUUAACUCUCGAAAUUCGAGCGGUAGCAUAUAAAUUGGGGAUAGAGAGAGUGUAUUUAUUUUGCUCAUUGCUGUGCUUCGAAAUUUUGAAAAAAAUGUGAAAUUUCUAGUAUUUGAUCAUUUGAUGAAGCUUCUACAUGAAGAUUUUAUUUCGGUUUUCUGUGGUGAUGAAUGUCAAAUUCUUCUUACUUCUAUCUUGAUUUAUAUUUUGAGUUUUUCUUGUUAAAUUUUGCUUCGAUUUAGAUCGCUUAUUAGUAAUCUGUUUGUAGUAUCUCAAAGAUGAAAAUACUCCAGUAAACUAUUAAAAGGACGUUUUUGUUCAUUAUGUAAUGAUAUGAUCUUCAUCUUCUCUCUAAUUGAUGCUCGCUUCUUCGUAAACCAUCUGAUCAUCAAGCACCAGUUCUUCUGAUCAUGUGUUACUUUUGUUAAAAGAGACGUUUCAAUUUAUUUGUCUUACUUCCCUUUUUUUAGUUUGUAACGUUUCUUUCUAAUUUGACAACUCUUUACUUUCAACAAUCUAGUGACAUGUUUAAUAUUACAAAAUUAAAGAACAUUUUGGUGCAUGAUACAUUUCUUUAGUUUAAGACCCAAAGUUUUCUUUAAUUUAUUUAACUUUGUGUCCAGUCAAAAUUAAAACAAAUAAAUUAAAACAGAGGGCGUAUUAAAACUGUCUAGAAUUGUUUUGGCAAUUUGUGGUUGAGAGGUUAUAUCAGUAGUGGAUUCAAUUAUAUUCAUGGUGCAAUAAUUAGUAUUGGAUCUGUAUGUGAUUUAAAGAAAUGAUAAGUUUCCGAUUCUUACCUGGAAGACUGUGAGAGAAUCAAUAAGGUACCUUACCCCCGUUGUUUACGCGCUUUUGCCUCUCAAAUUACGCCUUUUUUUUUUCUUUCCCUUUCGUUACAACUUACAAUUAGUAUGAUUUAUGUCUUCUGGGAAGGAGGACAUGCGAGAGAAACUAUAGUUCAAUUUUCGUGUGAUUUGAAAUAGGAGAAUAUCCAUAGCAUAUUACAUUUGAUUCGAUCUUAAAUAUGAUUUUUACUAGAUACUAUAGUAGUUUCCAGUUGUUCACUUGGAUAAUUUUUCAUUUAAUUGCUUCGUCUCAGUUGCCUUCCAUUUUUAUAUUUUGAAACUUUUACGCACGAAUAAGUUUUCGAUAUAUCGUGUAUGGUCUUUUGUGUCGUGUGUUGCAAGUGUACUUUUCCGGAAUAAGUUUUUACUAUAUUUUAUGUAUAUAAUAAUUUUGCCACUCCUAUAUCUAUGGAUUUUGUGUAUAUAAUAAUUUUUGCCACUCCUAUUUUUGUGGGUAUGACUUUCGGUAUUUCUAUAUUCCAUUUUCUCGCUUUAUUUGGAAAAUAAUCUUUUAUACCAUGAGACAUAUUAGGACGCUACGAGGAGAAAAUCUAGUAAUAUGACAUUAUGCCGUGGAAUAAUUUGAGCUAAUAUGGUUUUACUUUUCAACUCAUUAUUUUGAAUGUAAAGUUCUGACACCGUGAUGCUUAAGACUCGAUUAGUUUUAAAUUUCUUUUACUAUUAAAUUCACUAAAAGGUGGUGGAAUGUCAAAGAAAACAAUAGUAAUAAAGGUGGAAUCCGAAGUAACUUUUUUGGCAUGUCUCUUAGUAGUAGGUUAAGUAACUGCAAAGCAAUGGACUAUAACAUCUAAUACUACUAGUUAUGUGAGGCCCCACAACAAAGUGAAUCUGAAUUUAUACUUUUAAGCUUACAAAUUUUGUCCCCAUUUAUUUUGCAAGACAGAAAAAAAAAAAAAAAAAAAGAGCCAAAUAAUUAAAGAAUUCAACUUUGCAUCUGGAGUUGGCAGAAUUUCUUAUUUGUUGGAUCUGUGACAGUGUGACUGUGAUCUAAUCGUGUUUUUGCUAUUGUUAUUUACUUUUGUCAUACUCCUAAUAUUUUUUUUAAUUGCAUAUACGAGCCGGCUUGGCUCACUUGACCUACCUAACUUUUUAGUACUUUUUUUUUUGGCUUAGUGCAUAUGCAACCUCCUAAACUUAUCUCUUUUUUUCAUUUUAGCACCUCAAUUAAGUGUUGUUCCUAUUAAACCACUGAACUUGGCCUCAAGUGUGUCUAUUAAACACAAUUCAACUUUCAUAGUAACAUAUAUGAAGAGUUUCAUUUUCUUUAGCCUUGCGCGUGAAUGUCAAUCGCAUUUUACAUGAAAAAUUCAAUCAAUUAAAAUACCAUGCAAUUUUAAUUAUACACGUCAAAUAGGAAGAAGUGUGCUACUGUGCUAUGCAAGUGAAGAAGCACUACUUAAAUCAAUCAAAUAACAAAACUGGAUAAUAAGAAAUCAAAAUUAGUAACUAAAACUGAAAAGUGAAACCAAAACUGAAAAAUAAGAAGCCAAAAAUAUUAAGCAACACCCGGGCCUAUUAUGUUAUUCUAGAAUCUCAAAAAAGCUUCAAAAUCAAUCUCAAAAGGCUAGUCUUCAAUUCCUGAUUGGCCAAAUUGCUUGGUUCUUGAAAAAAGGUCGUUGUAUACAUUUUUUAAUGAUGUGUAUAAUUAAAAUGCGUGAACGGUUUUAAUUGUUGAAUUUUUCACGUAGGAUGCGAUUGACGUUCACGCGCAAGGCUAAAGAAAAUGAAACUAAAAAAAAAGGAAACUCACCAUAUAUGUUAUGUAAGUUGGAUUGUAUUUGAUUGAUACACUUGAGGUCAAGUUUAAGGGUUUAAUAAGAAUAAUACUUAGUUGAGGUAUUAAAAUGACAAAAAGAGGCAAAUUUAGAGGGCUGCAUAUGCAUUAAGCCUUUUUGUUUUAACUAAAUUGACGGCUGUCUGUAGUAGAAGGGAUAAAUCUAUUGUCGUGUGUGUACAUAGUAAUCCUGUUUGACAAUCGAAGGUAGAAAUGGGGUAAAAUAUUGGGAACAGAACCUCCAUUAUUAUUUUUAUCAUCCAAAAGGGAGGCCACGCUAUAAGCAACAAAUGAUGACAAGAACUAAGAAAAUGCCAAUUGCCAUGUUUAGGAUGUCCGUGCGCUUGGAAAAAUAUCUUGAACUACAAAGAAAAUAUCUUGAAGACCUAAACGGAUAUCAUGAAGCUGUAGAAAAGUUAGAAGAACUUAAGCUUUUAUUGGUAAGAGUUGUUGGGGCAUUAAAAGACAUUGACUCUCAAAAUGUGAAGUUAAAGGAUGAAUUGUCUCUCACAAAAGCGAAGCUGGAGGAAACUGAAAAGAAAUUUGAAGGGCUUGAACUUGAUCACAAGAAAUUGCAACAGCAGAGUGCCGAAGCAAAAAACAGAUAUAACACUGAGCUUAAAGCAUUGGAAGAGGCAUUGCAAGCUCACGAAUUGAAUAGCAAGGAGCAUGUUAAGGUUAAGGAGGCAUUUGACAGACUUAGCCUCGAGUUUGAAAGCUCAAAGAAAAAGAUGGGAGAGCUUGAGCAAGAGCUUGAAGAAGCACUCACGACCAGAGCUUCAGAGCUUUCUAAAGUUCAAGGAGAGUUAGAGAUCUCAAAAUCACAAGUGCAAGAUAUUGAGAAGAAACUUGCAUCAAAAGAAGCUCUUAUAGAUGAAUUAAGCCAAGAGCUGGACAUGAGAAAAGCUUCUGAAUCUCAGGUAAAGGAGGAUAUUUUGGCUCUUGAGCUUCUAUUAUCGUCCAGUAAAGAAGAUCUUCGGGCUAAGUUAUCUGAGUUGGAAGACAUAAAGUUGAAGCUUCAGGAGGAAGUAGGUUUAAAGGAAGAUAUUGAAGCUAAACUGAAAAGCCAGGAAACACAACUCUCAGUGUCGCAGGAGGAGCUGGCCAAACUAUCUACAGAGAAAGGAGCUCUUGAAGCUGCUGUAGCUGAGCUAAACAAUAAUGUAGUCCAGAUGAAGGAAUUAUGUAGUGAUCUAGAGGUGAAAUUGCAGCUCUCAGAGGACAAAUUCUGGAAUGCAGAUUCUCUUCUUUCUCAAGCUUUAGCAAAGAGUUCGGAGCUGGAACAGAAGCUUGAAGAACAAAUAAGCACAUUAGAGAAGAAAUGUGUGGCGGCAGAAGCAGAAUCUAAGAAGCACUCUGACAGGGUAUCUGAGCUUGAAGGCGUUGUUGAAGAGCUGAAAGGGAAGUGUACUGAAUUUAAAAAGGAGAAAGAAGCACUAACUCAAGAGAACUCAGAGCUAAAGGGAAAAGUGGCCUCAAUUGGGUCUAAACUCGAUGAUUUAGAAGCCAAAAUGUCAGCUAUAUCUGCCCAGAAGAAUGAAGCAGUUGAAGAGCUUAAAUCCUCAAACCAGGUUAUAGACAACUUAAAAGAACAGCUUAAUUCUGAAGGACAGGCUCUACAACUUCAGGAUAUUGGUGGCAGUAGUAGUGAUCGAAAGGAUGACGUAGAGGUGAAAUCUAGGGACACAGACAUUGGACAAAUGCUCUCUACUCCAACAAAGCGAAACAGCAAGAAGAAGUCGGAAGUCUCUUCAACUCAACCAUCCUCCAGUGAAUCACAAGUUCAACACGUCGAACGUUCUGCUGCCAUUCCCCUGAAAUUUAUUUUGGGGGUUGCUCUAGUUUCAGUGAUCCUGGGAAUAAUUCUUGGUAUUAGGGAAUAUUCUGCACAUAAAUAGAGGAUCUACAGGAUAUUAGCAUUUACUAUAACAUAUCUUAAUUGAUUGUAUGUAUCUUAGGACUUAUUACAUUUCCAUUCUUGUAUUGUAUUGUUAUCGUAAUUGUACUAUAAAUAUAUGAACCCAUUGGUGUUGGAUUAUCA